AUGAGCGGUGCGACAAGUGCGACGCAACGUCUCCAACCGAAGCGUCAGACUCUUGAUGAGGCGUACGCACCGCCGGCGAAUUUUCUCGAAAUUGAAGUGGUAAAUCCGAUUACUCAUGGUGUGGGCAAAAUGCGCUAUACGGACUACGAAAUCAGACUAAGGGUGAGUCAAGUACAUAAGCGAUUGUUUGGUUGUUUCUGGUUGAGACAACGUAGAAACAUUCAUCAUUUGUUAGUCUUUGGUGGAGACUAG